AUGCCUUGCGAUUCCUCUUGUAGUACAUGUUCAGAAUCUUCUAAAUGUACUACUUGCGCUAAUAAUUUGUAUCAAUAUGGAGGAGAUAAUCUUUGCAAACAUUGUCAUAAAACUUCCCUUAAUCCUGCUAUUAUUACAUAGUAAAUGUAAAAUUGCGCAUAAAUUAUUCAAAAGUGUUUGUUAAAUCCUGAAACAUAAAUUUAUGAGUUAACUUCAAUAUGUUAGAAAUGUAAAGGUAAUUUUGUAUUAGCAAAUAAUAAAUGUAUUAAUCAAUGUUCUGACAUAGCAUAAAAUUAUGAAUAUAAUAAUAUUUUAUAAUAAUGUUAAUGUUCAUCUUCAAGCCCCUACUAGCAUAAUUAACCUAAUAAUAAUAUAUUUUGCUACAAAUUUUAAUUACCUGGCUACUACUGUGACUCAAAUAAAAUAUGUAAUCCAUGCUUACAACCUCACUGCUAAGUCUGCACUAAUCAAGCUCCAUAUAAUGAUGAAUUAAAAACAAUAAGUUUGUAAAUAGACCCUCCUAAGCUAAUCCAAAAUAGAGAUUACACAAUCGUUUCAUAGUAAUAAAGUGAUAAUAAUUUAAUGUUCUAAGUCUCAGUUUAGCAAAAUAUUAAAAUCAGUUAAAUAGUUAUUAAUUAUAAUAAUAAACAAUCCAUCUACUAAGUUUAAAAUACAAUACUAACAUCAGAUUAUGUUAAUAGACCUCUAAUUGUUUUUAAAGCAUAAUUACCUUAGCCUUUAUAUACUGGAGCCCUUUUAGGAGCAUCUUUUAUAUUUACAGAAAUUCCAAGCCCAGAUGAGCUAAGUAUUAAUUCAAAUACAACCUCAAAUGAAGAUAUUGAUAACCAUAAGAAGCUUUUAUAAUAGCUUGGGUUUAAAGAUAAUAUUUAUCAAAAUUUAGCCCUCCCACAUUUAUUGUUAAUUAUAUCAGUAAUUAUAUCUUUAUUAUGUCUAUUUGCAAGAUAGGUCAUGGAAGUAUAUACUACUCAUUAGAAUACUCAUCUCAAAAAUAGUAUGCAAUAAUGCAAUUAAUAAUUCAUGUUAUAUUUAUUAUUCUGA